AUGGUAACAGAGGCCGAAACCCAUCCGGAGCGCAAGGACAAGAUCCAGGAAAAGGACGCCGGCGUCCGCGGUCGAGCAGCCUCAUCUCCCAGGGUGAAGCGCAUGGCUAGCAUUCCUGAAGAACCAAUUGAGAUGUUGCCUCGACCUCGAGUUGAAGUGGAGGUACAAGAAAUCGUGAUCGAAAGCGAAUUCGAACUCGAACCCAAAGAUGAUCCACCAUGUAUGGAUGGUUGUGAACUACAGGUACAAGAACAUUCUGAGCAUGUACUGGAAUACGUCAACAAGAUACGUGAAGCUAUCAUGUUACAAGGGCUUCGGGUACAACGAGAAGAGGAGACAUGGAAGGAGAUUGUCGAGUGUGAAGUGACAAAACCAGACGUGCACGAGAAGACUGAAAAGACACAAACAAAGAAGAAGCGCGAGAGUGUUUUGGCCGCUGUGUCGGUCAAGACGAAAGAUGCUCUUGCUGGAUUAAAAGCCGGACGGAGGAGUAUAUUUGGUGCCGUGGAAUCGAAGACCAGGCAUGUAUUUUCUGGACUCAAAGUCUCUGGAGAGAAUGUCCCACUCGAAAUGUCAAGCAGCAGACCCAGAAGUUCCAAAAUCAAAUCCGUGGGGAAGAAAAUAUCUCGAGCGCUCUCUGCUCGUCGAGGAGGAGGUAUUAUCAGUACACGAGACUCCACGUCAAGGACAGAGGCGGAGAUGGAAAAGACACGAACUGACGAUGUUGUCAUUAUCACGCCACCGUCGCAAGCCUCAGGGUCUGAAAAAGACUGUGAGAAAACGACAGAUCAUAUCGAAUUUGAAAGCGAAAUCGAAAACGACUCCUCAUCUGAUACUAGUACCGACGAUGGUGAUGAAGAUACAGCGCUCCUCCCUCAGCUGGCAGAACAUUCGUCGUCUGUACUAGCCCUUUCAACAUCAAGAUCGAAGCAGACGAGGAAAAGAAGAUACCGUUCACCGACACCAUACGGAUAUCGAAAAAGUAUUGAUGGUCAUCGUCGUCGUCAUGUUCCAGUUCGAAUGUCUACUACCAGAAUCCGCAAAGGUUUUGGUGUUGCUCGUGGGGUGGUAGGGGACGCGAAGAUGGCAGCCAAGAACGUUUUGAGCCUCCGUCGUAAAAUUGGUGGGUGGUCAAGGUUGUAA